GAGCCUCCACCAUCAUAUCAAGCAGCAAUGGCGUAUCCAGCUAGUGCUGCGCCUUAUUCACGUGGACUUCAUGAUGCAUCUUUUCCUAAGCCUUAUCUUCCUCCAUAUUCAUUGCAGCCGAUGAGUCAACCAAUUCCGCCACCUCUUCCAGCGACGCCUGUUGCUCCGACAACUCAGAUUCACGUAAUUCAUUCUGAGCGCCUACCGGGAAAUUGCGCUUAUUGCGGUGUUGGAACAGUGAGAGGUGAAACAGAUCUUUGCUGUUUGAUGUGCCUUAUUGUCGUUGCGAUUUUUACAUUCCCACUUGGUUUAUUUGUUUUAUGUUGCAUUCCUUGCACCGUACAUCGUCGUUGUAGCAGUUGCAGACGUAUCGGUUAA